AUGGAGCAACGCAGAGCCGAGAUUGAGGCAAAACGCAAUAAACUUGCAGAAUUCCGGCGUCAUAUUGAAGAACGUCGAGAACAAUUUUCACUUUCAAAAACAUCAGAUGAAACAUUGUCAUCAACAAAAAAAACAAGCAAUCUUAAUAGUCGGAAAGAGAUUGAUGAUUUUGUAACACGCCUUAUGGCAAAUAUGAAAGAUAUAAGCAAAGAAACAGUUUUGGAAAAAAAAGAGCCAGUAACCAUAGAAAAACCAUCGAAUAAAGUAAAAUCCGAUACCCAAAGUCUUUCAGAUACGUUAUCUAUAGCACCUCUUCUUCACCUUUUUCAUAUAACACCUUUACAAGCACCAUCAAAACCAAUCAGCUACGAUAAAGAGGUUCAGACAUCGUCUGACUGGAGAUCUCAAGAAGAUAAUGAAAAUGAGCUUCAAGCUCAACUUGAAGCUCGAGUGAAACAAGCUUUAGAAGAAGUACGUCAAAAAGAAAAUUGUGAGAAAGAAGAAAAACAAGAGCCAAAGAAAAAGAUUCAAAUAAUGUCAGAUGAACAGAGAAAUACAGUGUUAAAUUCUCAAGUGUUUCAUGAUUUUAUAGAAAAAUCUUCAAAAAUAAUUGAACGAGCUUUGGACGAAGAAUAUCAUCCAGCUAUAGACUAUUCUGCAAAUUGUGCAUUAAAUAAAGACAAGAAUUCAGAAAAAAAGAUUAAAGAGGUUAUGCAAUUUCAAAAUGAGAAAUGGACUUCUAAAAAAGUUAUUACAGAUUUGGAUUGGAGUAAUCACUUUAGAGAAUUGUCUUUAGCUAGUUAUUCAAAAAACAAAGGUAUUUUUUCUGAUUCAGAAGGGCAUGUCAUGGUUUGGAAUUUAUAUCUUCAUGAUCGCCCUGAAUAUAUUUUUAAUUCUCAGAGUAGUAUUUUAUCUGCGAGAUUUUCACCUUUUCAUUCUAACUUAAUUGUUGGUGGCUCAUAUAAUGGACAAAUUUUUUUAUGGGACACAAGAACAACAUCUCGUCCGGUUCUUGUAACGCCUUUAACAGGAACAGGCCAUUUUCAUCCUAUUUUUGGUGUUAGAAUGGUUGGUACAUCUAACGCAAAUAAUAUUAUUAGUAUGAGUACAGAUGGAAUUAUAUGUGCUUGGACGAUUGAUAUGUUAACACAGCCUCAAGAAGUACUUGAACUAACAAUGCCUACAUCUAAAUAUGACGAUAUUUGUUCAACUUGUAUAGAAAUUCCAGAGUCAGAUCCAACCUCUUUUCUUGUAGGUACUGAAGAAGGAACUAUCUAUUCCGUCAAUAGAUAUGAUCAUGCAGGUGCUAAAGCAGGCAUUGAUUCUAGAUUGAUAUAUAAGCAUCAUGUAGCUCCAGUAACAUCUAUUUCAUUCCAUUCUCCUAAGGGUCCAUUGGAUUUAGGUGAUCUCGUUUUAAGCUCAAGCUUGGAUUGGACUAUUAAAUUAUGGAAAAUAAAACCAUCAUCAUCUCUUAGUGUAAAUUAUUUAAAUGAUACAUCCAAUUCAAAUUUUGAUAUACCUGUUAUGGAGUUUCAUUGUGAUGAAAUAGUUUGCGAUGUUGAGUGGAGUCCAGUUAGACCUGGUAUAUGGGCAUCUGUAAAUGGUAGCGGUUCUCUUGAAAUUUGGAAUUUAGAUGCGGAUGUGGAGAAACCAGUUGCUCAAAUAUUUCCAUCAACUACAUCUCCUAAUAACAGAGCACUAAAUAAGUUAUCUUGGGAAAGCCAUGAAGGAAAAAAAAUUGCUGUAGGUGGCUUAGAUGGUAUUGUUUCUAUCAUUGAUAUUGGUGAUUUUGGAGGAACAGAAGUUAAGCAAGAAGAAUGGAUAAAUAUUAAAAGACUAGUAAAUAAAAACAAUAAUGAUAAUGAUGGAGUCGAAUUAGCAAAUAAUUAA